AUGGAAGGGGUGGUUGAAGAGAUUCAGAGUGUGGAUGAGCAGCUGAGGGGCUGGGACUGCGAAGAGAUGCAAUCGGUAGCUGAAGACAAGGGGGAAGACAAUGCCUUGGAGAAGGAUGAGCUUGCUGGAGCUGAGGAGAUGCUGCUAAUGGAAUUCACCACUCCCUUGGUGCCUGUUAUGGAAAGGGGAGUGGAGGAGGAAAAGCCAGCAAAGGAGGAGAAAAGUGCCUCCAUGGAGGACAAACUGCAGGAUGGAGGUGAAAAGCUGCUGCAAAUAAAUCUCUUCACGCCAUGUGUGCCAAUGGUGCAGGAGGAGAUGCAAUAA